UGAAAACCAGAGAAAAGAAGUACUGGUGACAAUGGCUCUUCAAGGGUUUGCAUGGGGCAUCACUGUGAUGAUCGCGCUGUUCUUCAAAGGAGGUGACUCGCAACCCGCCUGUGCCAGGACUCCCAUCAACAGCAGGAUCAUUGGAGGGCAAGAUGCGUCUCCAGGAAGUUGGCCCUGGCAUGUGGCUUUUACCUCAGAUGGCUACAACAUCAUUUGUCAAGGAUCUCUGAUCACCGAUGAGUGGGUGCUAACAGCUGCUCAAUGCUCAAGAAGCUAUUACCUUAGUGGUGCAGUUUUGCACUUAGGUGCCACCAACCAGUCUGGACUUGGUGAAGUGACUCGGAGAGUUGACUACAUAGCCUGCCAUGAAAACUACACUUCCUAUGGUGGAGACGACAUCUGCCUUGUGAAGCUGUCUGCUCCUGUCAACUUCACUGACUACAUCCGACCAGUGUGUUUGGCUGCAGAAAAUAGCACUUUCUAUGAUGGAACCAGCAGCUGGGUUACUGGUUUUGGCUACAGUGGGUACUACUAUUAUCCCAACACUCUCCAGGAGGCUGAUGUUUCAGUACUUGGAAACACUAAAUGCUCCUGCUUCUACCGCACCUACUACUACUAUUACUACUACUACAAUGGCCGUUCAAUAACAGACAACAUGAUGUGUGCUGGAAGUGAAAAUGCCACAAAGGAUGCAUAUUAUGGAGACCAAGGCGCAGCUCUAGUGACCAAGAAAGACUCCAUCUGGGUCCAGAGUGGGAUUGCGAGUUAUGUUUAUGAUCACUACCUGGGCCGACCUUCUGUCUACACUCGUGUGUCCCAGUACCAUAAAUGGAUCACCGACAGAAUCACUGGCAUGGAGCCGGGCUUUGUUACCUACACCUCCCCAGGCAAUGACAGCGACUUGAACUACACCUGUCAACCACCACCAUCUCCCACUCCCUUUCCCACUUGGUACAUUUCCACUCGGUACCCCAACUUUACCACUCAGCACCCUUACUUUACCACUCAGCAUCCUACCACUGAUGACAGCAUAUUUGGCGGUGGUGAAACUCUGAUUCCCAUCGCUCGUGUCUUCCCUCUCUCUGCUCUUGUUCUGUUUCUCCAUCUGUUUGUUGGUGGUGCUGGAAACUAACUCAUAACUUUCACUCAUGCUGCACUCUAGUUCAUAACCAACUCUGUCUUCAUUAGAAUCAAAAUGUUGAUAUUGUUCAUCUGACUUAAUUUUAAUUCACAAAUUAAGAUUUCUACAAAGCAAAUGAAGGGGAAAAUAAGUUUAUCUGGUAAUUAGUUUAGCAGACCUCUCAUAAAAUUGACAUAUUUUUUUCUUUUUUCUGUCUUUUACAUUGUGUUGAUUUCAUUUACCGGACUAUAAAUGCAAAUUAAAUCUCAAGUGUUUAACAAACAACAGGUUUGAGACUUUUAGCAACCAAUCAUACUGUUAUUUUAUUAAAUGUGAAAAACAAACGGUGAUUAGUGAUAAAUGAACUGUGAUUAAAGUCAUUCAAAACUAUA